UGGUAUCACGUGCUCGCCCCCGGAAGCGCGACCGACUGGCUCGGCUCUGGUUGGGCUUGGGAGCGAAGGAGAGUUUCCGAGCUAUGGCGAAGUCCGGGAGGGAGGUGGAUUCCCAGAGCGUGGCUGCGUUCACCGUGUUAAAGCGGGCGGUGGAGCUAGACUCGGAGUCCCGGUACCAGCAGGCUCUGGUUUGUUACCAAGAGGGGAUAGACCUGCUCAUGCAGGUUCUGAGAGGUACCAAAGAUGACACAAAGAAAUCUAAUCUCAGAAAGCAAAUUACUGGCUACAUGGAUAGAGCAGAAAUAGUGAAGAAAUACUUGGAUCAAGAAAAAGAAGAUGGAAAAUAUCACGAGCAGAUUAAAAUAGAAGAGAAUGCAACAGGUUUCAGUUAUGAGUCGCUUUUUCAAAAAUACCUUAAUGAAACAGUUACAGAAGUUUGGAUACAAGAUCCUUAUAUUAGACAGAUUCAUCAGCUAUAUAACUUUCUUCGAUUUUGUGAGAUGCUUAUUAAGAAACCAUGUAAAGUAAAAACUAUUCAUCUUCUCACCUCUCUGGAUGAAGGUAGUGGGAAACAGCAGCAAAGUAGUGGUCUGCAAGAAAUAAAAGAGUCACUCCAGAAUCAUGGGGUGCUGUUGGAAAUAGAAUAUUCUUCUUCAGUUCAUGACCGAGAAAUUAGGUGUGAUAGUAUGCGACAGUGUCAGAAGGAAACAGUAUAUGCAGGUAUGUUAGUAGUGUGUUCCUCUAUUUAGCACAGUGGCUUUCAUACAUUUAUAGUAACUGCACCCUUAGUUUUAAUGAAAACUUAAGCACAACCUAAAUGCAGAGCAGGUGAAAAUGCAAUGCUGUGGUUGAAGCAGAGGUCAGCAUCCAGAGCUCUUCUUGCUUAUGUCCUCCAUCUCUAGGUAACCCCUGUAACACACUAUAGUCUGCCUGAAUACAUGUAGCAAAACAGGAAGGUUUUGUCAGAAAUCUGAAAUUCAAGAGUAAGAUUUAAUUGAAUUGUCACACUUAUUACUGGCUAAUCAAAUCAAUUCAUGGUUUCUUUGGAUAUUUUUAUUUCA